CGCUUCAAGGAGUGAUUAGACUGGCGCAAAUUCAUCUCCUGCAUUAAUCUCAGAUUCAUAUAGCGUCUAGCUCGACGUCCCGAGAGCUGCAGCCGUACUGAUUUAACAUCCUUUACCCGAGAGCAGACUCCCGUCGACUGAAGGCGACCGAGCGCCGCUGGAAGGGUUAUUGGGGUUUGAUCAGCGCCAUGGCGGAGGUGCAAGGUACAUCGAGUGAGACGAUAACGGAGACCGUUCAGACGGGCACGCCGCCUCCGCCCCAGCAGGAGGGCAGAAGCCUGACCAUCAAGCUCAGGAAAAGGAAGACGGAGAAGAAAGUGGAGUGGUCUAGUGACACGGUGGACAAUGAGCAUCUGGGCCGGAGGUCUUCAAAGUGUUGCUGUGUUUACGAGAAGCCUCGGCAGUUCGGCGAGUCUUCCUCGGAAAGCGAGGGGGAUGACGAGGAAGGCUGCGGAAGCGCGCACUGCAUUCUGGGACACGGGAGAAUAGGCCAUGGACAGAGGGAGGGUGGAGGGGGCACAGCGCCCCCUAGCUCUGGGGGAACAAACCCUCACUAGUAGUUGAGGCGAGCGGGAGAGUCAGUUUGGAGGGAAGGGUAACAGACGGCGUGGGCACUACAUUCAUAAUCCCUCAUCCUCACUCACAUCCGAUUACAUCACACCAUCACGGGGUGUCGGAAGCUUUUUGAUGAAUGAAAGCUUGUAGAGCAAUGCAGUGUGAUUCGUUUUCUCCUCUGUCAUUAGUUUAAUGACUCAAAGAAGACUAAACCUUUUUUUUGCGAUCUGAAUGCUGCGGAAAAUUGAUGUUUGUUGUGCAUAGGACAUUGGUUUUUAUUUCUUUUGUAAAAUCUAUAUUUAUUUGUUUGCGUUUAAUAACUUGAUCUUUUUCAUUUGAACAUUUUAAUGGAGUUACACUUUAAAAUAUGAUUCAGCAGGGUUAUAGCUUCACGUUCGAAUCAAACGGAUUUAAAAGGAAUAAAUGCAGUAUAAAAAAGGAAUUUUUUUAAUCAAAUAUAAUUUGCCUUGCGGUGUCACAAUUCUAGCAGCAGAAUUUCUUCAUAUCACUUGAUCACUUGAGGAACUUCAAGCAUAAUAUGUGUUGUGUGCUAUAGUGAAUUUAAAACAUGGCAAGUUUCAGGAACUCAGCCCUUUGGGUGUUUUUACAAGGGCGCAUUAAAUGAUCUCCAUCAGCCGUCA